AUGGAUAGUAUCAACAUGGAUGUAGUAGCUCAAGAACAACAAGAAAAAAUUCCUAUUGAAGAAACUGCUAAUUUUGUUCUAGACGAGUCUGUCUCGAAUGAAAAUAGUAACAAAUCUUUAUUGAAAUAUUUUUAUUGGCAAUAUUUUAGUAGAUAUAAAGAGGGAAAAGAGUGGAAGGCAAAGUACAACUACUGUAAGUCUGUUCUUGGUACCAAUCCAAGAAAUGGGAAUAUAAAUUUGAAGAAACAUGUGCUCUAUUAUUGGAAGAGAAUAAAAUUAACAAAUUUAAGACAAUCAACAAUUGACGAAUCUCUUCAAAGACAUGGAAAGAAUAGUUCAGAUGCUUUUAUAUUUGAUGUAUCUCACACAAGAAAAUUGAUUGCCAAGUCCAUUUGUAUGCACGAGUAUCCUUUGUCAUAUGUGGAUCAUGUUGCAACAAGAGAAGUGUUUACUUCAAUGCAACCAACGUUUAAGAUGCCAAGCCGAAACACAAUCAAGAAGGAUAUCUUUGAAAUGUACGAAGUGGAGAAGCUUAACAUAAAUAAGAUGAUGGAUGCAAAUGAUAGUCGAGUGGCUAUUACAACUCACAUGUGGACUUCCAAUCAGAAAAAAGGAUACAUGGUUAUUACAGCACACUACAUUGAUAGUUUAUGA